GGGAGGGUGCCCGGUCUGUCUCAGGAUCACUCCAGCAGCUGAUCCCUCUCAGCUGACGUCAGGAGAAAUGGCGGACCAGGAUGGCAGCGACGCAUCUCCUCCCGAGUCCCAAGCGUCUUACUCCCAGUAUAAACCGGAGGAUGGCAGAUCGUCUUCAGCCACCCGUCCCAGCUCCUCGGGCUCUGGGCAGACCUACACUCCCACCCUGACCCCUACACCCACCCCCACCCCAACUCGCACCACCACCAGCAGCAGCCCCAGUAACAAUGCUGCCACCAAAACAGACUCGUUGCUCUUCAACAAGAUUGACGAGAAACUGAGGUUAGCCCGCGAGCGCCGGGGGGAGCGUGAGAAACAGAAUGCUGUCAAGGAGGCCCAGUGGCAGGCGCGUGAGGAGCGAGCCAGGCAACACUAUGAGAAGCACCUGGAGGAGAGGAGGAGAAGACUGGAGGAGCAGAGGAUAAAGGAGGACAAGAGACGGGCUGCCGUGGAGGAGAAGCGACGGCAGAAACUGGAGGAAGACAAGGCCCGUCAUGAGGCGGUGAUACGUCGGACGCUGGAGAGGAGCCAGAGAACCAGACAGAAGCCCAACCGGUGGUCUUGGGGAGGGGCAGUGCUCCCAAACACUCCCAGCACACCAGCCGAUGCUGACAGGCGGUCAGUGUCCACGAUGAAUUUAUCCAAACAUACAGACCCUGUUAUUACCAAGCGCCUCUCCUACUCCUCUGCCACACUUCUACACUCACCAGACCGAGGCUUACAGAUGAGAACAGCUUCUUCUCCUGUCAUUAACAAAGCUCAGUCCAAACCGUGCCUACACCAGGGAAAGACCACCCAGCACAAAAACACAGGCCUGCGCCGGCUUCCAUUGACGCCAUGGGAGAGCAAUGUGGUGAACCGCCUGCAGCAGCCAACACACUCCUACUUGGCUCGUAGCCGCAGCGCCAUGAGUCUGUCUGGAGAGCAAACAGCCAUGCCUGUGUGUCCUCGCUCAGUGUCCUGCCACCCCAUGGGCUCCAUGUCCUUCAAAGCCCUGCAGGCCCAGCCACUUCCUCACUGCCGCAGCCAUGAAAGGAGCCUCAGCAGGGAGACGGCCUCGUCUUCCUCCAAGACUGCCCGCAGGAGGACCACUGGCACCACACCGCAGAAGGACCGUGACAAUGUCAGGAAGUCCUGGAGCAACCUGUCACUCCCAUUGGCUCCCAUUCUGACUUUGCCCCCCAACAAGAGCGCCUCUUCUCCAGGCAAGAAGAACAGCAGGGCGACAGCACCCUCUCCUGGCAGACCUCCUCAAAAGUCAGCAGGGCGCCCACCGACCCCCAAGCUCCUUAGGUCUCCGGGGGCAGAGGACCCUGGAAACCUUCGACCUUUCAGGAUCACGCCCGAGAGCCCCCAACCCACCAGAGCCCAAGUAGAGGAGGAAGAAGAGCGGGUCCUCAGUCCUCCUCAGCCUCGACCUCAGCCAGUGGGUCAGAACAAGACCAGUAGUGAGCAGACACCACCAGUAGGACUACCAACAGCAGCCAGCGAGAGUGUAACCAGCUCUCCAGCCAACAAGCCCUCAGCAGGCACCACAGAUCCAGAGGAGGCGAGUCGUAUCCUGGCUGAGAAUCGUCGGCUGGCCCGCGAGCAGAGGGAGAGAGAGGAAGAGGAGCGCAGGCAACAGGAGGAGCAGGCAAGGUUAGCAAAGGAGGAGAUGGCUCGACGCAAGGCAGAGGAGCGAGCGAAGAGAGAGGAGGAGGCUCAGCGUCAGGCGGAGGAGAGGAGAAGGAAGGAGGAGGAGGAGAGAGAGGAGGAGCAAGAGAGACUUCAGAAAGAGAGAGAGGAGGCUGAGAGACAGAAAGAGGAGGAAGAGUCUCGACAGAGGGAGGAGGCGGUGCGACUGAGGCAGGAGAGAGAGAAACACUUUCAGAAAGAGGAAGCUGAACGUCUGGAGAGAAAAAAGCGUCUGGAGGAGAUCAUGAAGCGCACAAGACGUUCAGAUGCAACAGAGAAGAAAGUUGUUCCUAACAGAAACGGAGACAAUGCAGUGACUGCCGCUUCUAAUCCAUCUGCAGCGAUUGCCUCACCGACACACAACAGCAGUGGUCGCCAACCUGAUCCCAACCCAAACCCCAGCACCGCCACACUGAGCCAUCCUGAUCAGAGGGAGAACGGGGAGUUUGAAGAGGUGAUCGUACUGCCUUCACAUUCCAGGUUGUCUCCUCCUGAGGGACAGGAGCAGCAGCAGGAGGAGGAGAGAGUUCCUGUCAUAGCCUUCAGGGAGAACGGCCUCCUAAAGCCUCUGAGUGGAAUAGAGGAUAUAUCAGCCCAGCAGGGACCAGAUGUUGCCUGAUGCCCUGUUAGACAUUCAACUCCCAGAGCGACAGGAAGUGAGAAGAUCAGAGAGAGGUAAGGCAGGGCUGUCGGACUGAAUCAAAUAAAGGACUCGCAGCGUCACAGCCAGACCCUUUCCUGAGGUUUACUUUCUCACCCUCCCCGCGACAGAAGAGCACCGCAGCCAUUUCCCAAAGAUGGUGUCUCCAAAGAUCUCCCUAGAGAAUCUCCAGAGAAAAAGUUACGUGUCCCUCAACAAACUCACUGUGGGGAGCAGAUAGUUUGUCUGUCUCUGACCCUUAUUACACUCUGUAAUAAUGUUCUGUGCACAGCCCCAACUACCCCUCAUUCUGAAGUGAAUGUUCUGAAAUCACAGGAGAGCAUUGAAUGCCUAUUCCAUCUUGUGAUUCUCCGUGUGUGUGUGUGUGUGAGUGUGUGAAUGAGAGACUAAGUAUAAUGUAAACUGAGAUCAGCUGUAAAGUCUUCAGCCAUGAUACUUGAACAGUUUUUUUUUCUGUUGUUGUUGCAAUAGAACACACUGUAAUCAUGUGACGUGAUAACUGGAGGUCUGAUUAACGCGUUUGCUCUCUUUAACUGAACCUCACACUUCUCAUAUUUUAACAUUUCUAUUGAAAUGUUACAGAAGAGAUGGGAUAUAGGAAUGAUAUCAUUGCAUGAAGUUAUAUUAAGACAACAGGAAAGUGUCCCGUAAUGUAAUAUAUUUUUGCUGUGUCUAAAGUGUUUUAAUACUAGAGGUUAUUUUUGGGGUGAGGCAGAUGCUUUGGAGUAUCAUGAAGUUUAAGUUAAAUAAUGAGAAAAUGAAAAUACUGUUCUCUCAGGCAUCUGCAAAGUAGGGUGUAAACUUCUGAUUUUUUGUUUAGUUUUAUUUAAUUGCUGUACAGAUAAAAUGUGAUUCUUUGUUUUGUCUUUAUUUCUGUACAAACCGAGAAAGAAAAAACAAAUCUGCUUUGACGUUCAGGCCUGCCCUUCCAUUUGUUUCACCCUUUACAUUUACCCCAUCACCGUCUCUUUGCAUUUAAGGUUGACUUUCGUUUUGGCCACGAGCAUAAAAUGGAUUUAAAUAAUUUUGCUGCUGGUGUUAAUUCUGAAAUAAUUUGAUCAUUGUUGAAGGAUUUAAGAAAUGCUGCUAAUUUUGAUGUUCCUUUGCCUUACUGCUUCGUAGAAAGAAUGAGGUACUCAUUGUCACUGAAAUGAAGAUUCUGGCCACAUGCCCGGAGUCUCCAGUGGCUUCCUUUUCUUGAUUUGUUAAUAAUAUGAAAUUUGAUGAAAUGUUAUGUCAGUCUGUCUACUAUGAUCAUAAGAGCUUUCAUGUUAAACAAUAUGUCCUUAAAACAUGGGACUGACUUUGCACUUGUUCAAAUCGAGCAGUACCACCAAAAUGGAAGGAAACUUCAGAAAGAUUACUCAUGUCUUUGUUAUGUAGUACUGGUCUCUGCCAGUAGUGCAUAGCAUGCAGUUAUCAUAGUAACUUGACUUAAUUUUCUUUAACCGAAGCAAAAUCACUGGGAAAUGACAUUAUACAUACAGUAGGUGUCCUAUGAAUGAUGUUUAAAAGUAGAUAUAUUUUACUAAGACUGACCACAAGGCUUUGACAACUAAUAAGCCCUUUACUUCCAAAGAGGGUCUUUGUGGGAUGACAUCUGAGCCACUGUAAAGCUGAAAUCACUGUAAAAACAACUGUUAGGGCCCUAUUGUUUGGCAAGUAAAUAAACCUUUUUGAACUGA